AACCUAAUGACUAGAAGCGAUGACGAGGUGCCUCACUUUAAAGACGUGAUCUCAGUGUUCGACAUAUUAAAGCUUCAACGGAUGGUGUAUACGCUGACUUCAGACUCUGAUUUCUUCAUGGAGAUCGCAAGAGACCAUAACGGCUCCAAAAACAUACAGAGACUCAUGGGGAGAUCCGCAUACAUGGACGGUCUCUUCUGCGGAGCUAUCGCGCGCCUCUUCCUCCAGGUCAUGACAGACAAGCACGCGUCCUACGUGGGGAUACAGGGAACUAGAGUUUUCAAACAGAACAAGAAGGAGCCACUGUACGAGCUCAUUCUCGAGUAUGCGCUUUACCUAGCGCGUGACCAACACGGUUGCAUCGCUCUCAACGAAGUCAUAACCGACUUGGACCAUCCUGACUACACAAACCAGCUCCUAGACCUAGUUGCGAACAACGCUGUUUGGCUAAGCAACGAUCCUUAUGGGAACUUUGUGAUCCAACACUUGCUUAAACUGAAGGACAGGCGUUGCACGCGUAACAUCGCUGUUAAUCUACGAGGCCACUACGUUGAUCUCUCGUUUAAGAAGUUUGGAAGCUACAUCGUGGAGAGGCUUUUGAAAGCGGGGGGCUCGGUAAUGGAAGAGGUGGUUAUAGAUCUUGUGAAGGGCGAGGGAGAGAGGUUGAUGAGGCUGGCGAGGAGUGAGUAUGGGAAUUUUGUGGUGAGGAAGGCACUGGGAGUCACGAAUAACUGUAUGACGGCUGAUCUGUUUAACGGUUUGGUGAACAAGCUAAUCCCUUUUCGCCAUCUCUUGCCUAGGUCUCCUGGAAGAAACAUUGCAACCAUCUUGGACUCUGUUUUGAUAUCAUCCUACUAG